AUGGUGGAUGGAGUUCUCAGGUACGCUACACCCCUCCUCCGUCAUGACCACAUGCCACUCCUGCAGGCGCCAAAGGAAUCUGUCAUGCCUUUGCUUCGAAGUACCGAGAGACGGCUCUUGAAAGAGAACAGUCGAGCAGAGGCAUAUAAGACUGAAAUGCAGAAACUAAUUGAUGCAGGUGCUGUAAAGGAGGUUUCUGAGGAGAAACCAUCAAAGGAGAGCUGGUACAUCCCCCACCAUCUCGUCACCCACAAUGGGAAGAAUCGCAUAGUUUUCAACUGCUCACACAAAUACCUUGGACAAUCUCUUAACCAGUUCCUACUACCUGGCCCAACACUUGGAGCUUCUUUGUUGGGAGUCUUAUUGAGAUUCCGAGAACGUCCAAUAGCUGUCAGUGGAGACAUUAAGGGAAUGUUUCAUCAGGUUCGUCUUAUACCUGAGGAUCGUCCCUUACUGAGAUUCCUGUGGCGAAGUCUGAAGGUAGAUGAGCCCCCAAAGACCUUCGAGUGGCAAGUCCUACCUUUUGGGACAACCUCUAGCCCAUGUUGCGCUACGUACGCUUUGCAGCGUAAUGUAACAGACCAUACUCAGCCAGGGGAAGACCUACGUGAUUCCAUUGAGAAAUGUUUUUAUGUUGACAACUGCUUACAGAGUGUUGGCUCAUCCGAAGAAGCAAAGUCCCUUGUGGAUAGGUUGAGGAGCAUCCUGGCAACUGGAGGUUUUGGGCUACGACAGCGGACAUGCCCUGACUGUCAACGUUGGAGGGGACAACCAUCUGUCCCAAAGAUGUCAGAUCUACCUCUUGCUCGGCUAAGAUUGUUUAAACCAGCCUUUUAUUCGACCGGGGUGGACUGUUUUGGGCCGAUGCAAGUUAAGAUAGGAAGAAGACAUGAGAAGAGAUGGGGAAUCAUUUUUAAAUGUAUGACCAUGAGGGCAGUGCAUCUAGAGCUCCUGAGUAGCCUAGACACCGAUGCAUUCCUCAUGGCUCUAAGGAGGUUCAUUGCCAGAAGAGGAACACCUGCUGAACUGUGGUCGGAUCAAGGAACCAACUUCAGAGGAGGAGAAAGAGAACUUAAAGAGGCUUUCUCAAACAUGGCCGAUGACCUGCGGCAACACCUUGCCAAGCGACAGAUAAAAUUUCAGUUUAAUCCCCCAGGAUCCCCUCACUUUGGCGGUGUGUGGGAAAGAGAAAUACGCUCUGUGAAAUCAGCCCUCCGAGUUUGUGUGAGCUCUCAACCUAUCCAUGAAGAGGUCCUUCUCACCGUCCUUCUGGAGGUGGAAUCCAUCCUAAACUCUAAACCAUUAGGGUAUGUUUCCACAGAUAUCGCUGAUGUAGACCCAGUAACUUCCAACAGUCUCCUGAUGGGGCGGCCUGAUGGGUCAUUGCCUCAAGUAGUCUACCCGAAGUCUGAGAACCUCAGCCGUAGACGCUGGCAACACUCCCAGAUCCUGGCUGACCAGUUCUGGGUUAGGUUCAUCAAAGAGUACCUUCCUAACUUGCAGACAAGACUAAAAUGGCAAUCUUCUUCUCCUGAGCUCCUGAAGGAGACAGUUGUCAUGUUGGUGGACCCACAGAUGCCACGAGCUUUAUGGCCAGUUGGAUAUGUCGUUAAGACCCACCGUAGUGAAGAUGGCUGCAUAAGAUCUGCAGAUGUGAACAUCAAAGGACAUUUGUACACCAGACCGGUUGCUAGAAUGAUAGUUCUUCCAUCGCUACCUUCAGGAGAAGACCAACCAACAACCAAACAGACCCCAUCUAAUAAUUAACAUGUUUAUUAUGGCAAAUGUGUGAACACAUUUGGGGGCGGCUGUAUAAAAGGUUCAGAAUUUCAUAUAUUACCUUUAUUAAAUUUGUUGGUUUUAUUUUGGUGGGAAUUCAGGAAGUGACAUGCCUUUAUUUUGAAGAGCCUUUCACAGUGAGCUCACUUCCAGCACUAGAACUUUCCCUUUUCUUUCCUUUUUUUACCUGCAUGUGAGACAAGCGUUCCUUCUCCUGCAAGUCAUGUUGAUGUUGACAGCAUUAUGUUAAUGCAAGAAAACUGUUGUCAAUGCUGUUAAUGAUUACCAUCAACCGAGAUUAAAGAUUUGGAUCUACAGCAAAGGAUGCAUCUAGCCUCUACCUGUAUUCUAACAGAUACACCAUAUUGAUAGCCACCUCACCUGGAAAGAGCUAGCUUUAACCAAACCCUCCUUUACAGGUUCGUUAUUGAAAACUUUCUAAUUUCUGUUGCAUCUGUGCUAUCCUUACCUUUACACACACAAACAAUUGGUUCUGCUGCUGUUUCUGAUACUGUACUUUUUCUCUAGCAGUGCUGCAGCUAAAACUGUUAUGUUACCAACUCUGUUGAAAAGGAUUUCCUCAAUAUCUUGAUUCAACUUCUCCUCUUUAAGAUUUAGUUGUGAUUUUUUUUCUAAGAACAAUAAACAGUGACCUGUAAAUGUG